CUUUUUUUUUUUUGGUAAGGUUUGAGGAUGUCGAAUUGUGGAGAUUUCAAUUCAAAGAUCGAUUAUGUAUUCAAAGUUGUAUUGAUUGGUGACUCGGCUGUUGGGAAAUCUCAGCUCCUUGCCCGGUUUGCAAAGAAUGAAUUUAGCCUGGAUUCAAAGGCUACGAUUGGGGUUGAAUUUCAGACAAAAACUUUGGUUAUUGAUCAGAAGAUGGUGAAGGCCCAGAUUUGGGAUACUGCAGGUCAAGAAAGAUACCGAGCAGUAACAAGUGCAUACUACAGAGGCGCAGUUGGUGCAAUGUUGGUAUACGACAUGACAAAACGUCAGACGUUCGACCAUAUGACGAGGUGGUUGGAAGAACUCAGGGGGCAUGCUGAUAAAAACAUAGUCAUCAUGCUUAUUGGAAACAAGUGUGACUUGGCAAGUCUUAGGGCAGUACCUAUUGAGGAUGCCCAAGAGUUUGCAGAAAGAGAGAAUCUAUGCUUCAUGGAGACCUCAGCACUCGAGUCCACAAACGUCGAAAGUGCGUUUCUUACAUCUUUGACAGAAAUAUAUAGGAUUAUAAGUAAGAAAUCUCUGAGUGCUGAUGGCGAUUAUGGAAAAUCAACAUCUCUUAAAGGAACUGCUAUACUUGUUCCUAACCAAGAUGAAAACUCUGGUGGAAAGGGUGGCUGCUGUUGAUACUUGUUCAUCUAUCUCUCAAUUUAUCUAUCUAUCUAUAUAUAUUCUAAUUUCGACACACAGAUUGGCUUUUUAGUUUUUAUUCUUUGAUAUUGUCAUUCAUCUAGGGCUAUUUUCGCGAAUGCAAGCCAUGAAGUUUUGUACAAAGAGAGUAUAGAAGUUUUCUAGGAUCAUUUGAGUAACAUAACUAACAAUUCUAUGA